AUGACAAUUUUUCUCAAGCUUAUAUUUAACGUUUUUUUGAUUAAAAAAAUUUUUUCAGAAAGCGAGGAAGAGAUUAAAGCAAAAACAAUUUGUGGUUUUACUGUAGUUGAUUGUUUUGAUUUGGCUCGAAUGCCAAAAUUUUAUUUUCUGCCCUAUGUCCAAAAUAUUGUCAAAAAAUUCGGUUUAUUUUCUUGUACAGGAGGGCAGAUUCGUCUACAUUUUUCAAUUAAUCGUGUCGCCUUUGUUGGGGGAGAAAAUAUGGUUAUUGAAGGAAAAAUUGAGAAUCGAACAGAUAGGCGUGUUGAUAAAGUUGCUGCACGUUUAAAGCAACUUGUUGAAAUAAAUAUUUCUCGUGAUUGCAGAAAUUCGAAUUUAACCGAUGUAAACGAGAUUCAUGAAGACAGCCUUGCAUUAUUUGUGGACCCUGGAUCGACGUAUGUUUAA